CCAAGUACAAUUUGGAGAAAAGUGGGGAAGAGUGAAAAAAGAGAACAGGAGAGACCAGACUCCCCUGUACCCAGCUGUGUGUCCAUGAAGAGUGACUGGUCUAUGGAUCUACCUUUUCAUUUCAAAGAUGGACGCCCCUCUACUGAACAGAGCAGGACCCAUCAGGAGAGACCAGACCCCCCUGUACCCAGCUGUGUGUCCAUGAAGAGUGACCGGUCUAUGUUUCUACCUAUUCAUUUCAAAGAUGGACACCCCUCUACUGAACAGAGAGACCACCAGGAGAGGUCAGAGGUUCUCAGUGGUCAGUCUGUCCAGGAGCAUCAAACAGACCUGGACUCCAUAUUUAUGCGGCUUGAGGAGAACCUUGUCACUUUUGUGAAGAAGGAGCUGAAGAGGUUCCAGAAGGUUCUGAGUUCAGAUUACCCAGAGUGCUUAGAGAGACAGAGGGUGGAAGAGGAAGAGGAGCAGAGGAGGAGCACCAGGGAGGCACUUCUGAAGAUCACGCUGCACUUCCUGAGGAGUAUGAAGCAGGAGGAGCUGGCUGCCUCUCUGGAGAGCAAAAUCCUUGUUCCCAUGUGCCGGAGUAACCUCAAAGCAGCUCUGAAGGAGAAGUUUCAGUGUUUGUUUGAGGGCAUCGCUAAACCAGGAGAGUCAACACUUCUGAAUCAGAUCUACACAGAGCUCUACAUCACAGAGGGAGGCAGUGGAGAGGUCAAUAAUGAACAUGAGGUCAGGCAGAUUGAAACAGCAUCCAGGAAACCAGCGAGACCAGAAAUACUGAUCACAUGUGAGGACAUCUUUAAACCCUUACCUGGACAAGAUAAACCAAUCAGAACAUUGAUGACAAGGGGAGUGGCUGGCAUAGGUAAAACAGUCUUAACACAGAAGUUCACUCUGGACUGGGCUGAAGACAAAACCAACCACAAUAUACACUUCACAUUUCCGUUCACGUUCAGAGAGCUGAAUGUGCUGAAAGAUAAAAAGUUCAGCUUGGUGGGACUUCUUCAUCACUUCUUUAUUGAAACCAAGCAAGCAGGAAUCUGCAGCUUUGACAAGUUCCAAGUUGUGUUCAUCUUUGAUGGUCUGGAUGAGUGUCGACUUCCUCUGGACUUCCAGAACAAUGAGAUCUGGACUGAUGUCACAAAGUCCACCUCAGUGGACAUGCUGCUGACAAACCUCAUCAAGGGGAAACUGCUUCCAUCUGCUCGCCUCUGGAUAACCACACGGCCUGCAGCAGCCAAUCAGAUCCCUCCUGAGUGGGUUGACAUGGUGACAGAGGUGAGAGGGUUCACUGAUCCACAGAAGGAGGAGUACUUCAGGAAGAGAUUCAGAGAUGAGGAGCAAGCCAGAAGAAUCAUCUCACACGUCAAGACAUCACGAAGCCUCCACAUCAUGUGUCACAUCCCAGUCUUCUGUUGGAUCACUGCUACAGUUCUGGAUCACGUGUUGGGAACAGAUGAGAGAGGAGAGAUGCCCAAGACCCUGACUGAGAUGUACAUCCACUUCCUGGUGGUUCAGUCCAUCCAGGGGAAUGUGAAGUAUCAUGGGAGAUCUGAGACAGAGCCACACUGGAAUACAGAGAGCAGGGAGAUGAUUGAGUGUCUGGGGAAACUGGCCUUUGAACAGCUGGAGAAAGGCAACCUGAUCUUCUAUGAAGCAGACCUGACAGAGUGUGGCAUUGAUAUCAAAGCAGCCUCAGUGUACUCAGGAGUGUUCACACAGUUCUUUAAAGAGGAGUGUGGGCUCUACCAGGACAAGGUCUUCUGCUUUGUCCAUCUGAGCAUUCAGGAGUUUCUGGCUGCUCUUUAUGUCUUUCUCUCAUUCAUCAAAACUGGAGUCAAUCUGCUGUCACAAACACAGUCAACCUCCUGCAGGUCUAAACCACUUGGAGAUAAACGUAAAAAACCAGACCUUUACCAGACAGCAGUGGACAAGGCCUUAGAGAGUCCAAACGGACAUCUGGACUUGUUCCUGCGCUUCCUCCUGGGCCUCUCACUGGAAUCCAAUCAGAAUCUCCUACGAGGCCUGCUGGGAAAGACAGGAAGUAUGUCAAAGGCCAAUCAGAAAACAGUCCUGUACAUCCAGGAGAAGAUCAGGGAGGAUCUCUCUCCAGAGAGAAGCAUCAAUCUGUUCCACUGUCUGAAUGAACUGAAUGACCAUUCUCUAGUGGAGGAGAUCCAACGGUACCUGACAUCAGGAAGACUCCCCAAACGCCGACUCUCUCCUGCUCAGUGGUCAGCUCUGGUCUUCAUCUUAUUGUCUUCAGAAAAGGAGCUGGAGGUGUUUGACCUGAAGAAAUACUCUGCUUCAGAGGAGGGUCUUCUGAGGCUGCUGCCAGUGGUCAAAGCCUCCAGUACAGCUCUGUUGAGUUCCUGUAAUCUGUCAGAGAGAAGCUGUGAAGUUGUGUCCUCAGUCCUCAGCUCCUCCUCCUCUAGUGUGAGAGAGCUGGACCUGAGUAACAAUGAUCUGCAGGAUUCAGGAGUCAAGCUGCUCUCUGCUGGACUGGGGAGUCCACAAUGUAGACUGGAAACUCUCAGGUUGUCGGGCUGUCAGGUCUCAGAGGAAGGUGUUUCUUCUCUGCUCUCAGCUCUGAGCUCCAACCCGUCCCAUCUGAGAGAGCUGGACCUGAGCUACAACCCGUCCCAUCUGAGAGAGCUGGACCUGAGCUCCAACCCGUCCCAUCUGAGAGAGCUGGACCUGAGCUACCACCAGCCAGGAGACUCAAGACGGAAGCUGCUCUCUGCUAGACUGAAGGAUCUACACUGGAGACUGGACUCUCUCAGGCUGGACCAUGCUGGAGUGUGCAGGUUGGAGCCGGGUCUGAGGAAGUAUGCCUGUGAACUCACACUGGACCCAAACACAGCACACAGAUGCCUCCUUCUGUCUGAGGACAACAGAAAGGUGACAUGGGUGCUGGCGGAGCAGUCGUAUCUUGAUCAUCCAGACAGAUUUGACUCCUGGACACAGGUUCUAUGUAGAGGGAGUCUGACUGACCGCUGUUACACGGAGGUACAGUGGGAAGGACUUGUUCAUAUAGGAGUGACUUACAGAGGAAUCACAAGGAGAGGAAGAGGUAAAGACUUUCCUCUUGGAUAUAAUGAAAAGUCCUGGGCUCUGUACUGUGAUAGUGGUAGAUACGCUGCCUAUCAUAAUUAUAGAGAAACAAAGAUAAGUAUCUCCCCCUCCUCUGACAGAGUAGGAGUGUAUCUUAACCGGUCUGCUGGAACUCUGUCCUUCUACAGUGUCUCCUCUGACACACUGACACACCUCCACACCUUCACCUCCACAUUCACUAAACCUCUCCAGGUUGGGUUUUGGGUGGUGUCACAUGGCUCCUCAGUGCGUGUGUGUGUGUGUUAGAUAGAGGAGGUAGAGACGCCUCCUGUGUCCUGGAGGAACACUCACACUCCUGCCCAAACACACCUGCUGACAUGAUACUCUGUACACACACACACACACACACACACACACACACACACACACACACACACACACACACACACACACACACACACACACACACAGGUGUAGUUGGAUCAGAUCUGUUUGUGUUAUGUGGAAUAUUAAAUCAAUGAGUUUUUUUAAGCAGGUAGAACCAAGUUAUUAAAGUUAUACAAGUCACUUUUAAUCCUGCAGCUUUUACAUUAUUCUUACAAUAGAAUACGUAAAGUAGAAUAGAAUAGAAUCAUGUUGUUUUUCUAAAGGCGCUUCAUCAUAAUAAAUAGCUGGUAAUACUUUUCAUUUGGCAUGUUAUUACUCUCAUCACUGCAAUAUAAACAUCUACUUUAAUUUCUACUGUUGAGGAUGAGAAGGUUUAUAGAUGAGGACAUGUGGUAGCUGGAAGUGUGCACCUCUUCCAGAACACUUUGGAAGGAACUAAAUGCUUUUAUUAUGUCUAAAGUCUGUAAUACUUUUACCUUUAAUGGGAACAUGUAUUGUUUGGUUUCCAUGACACGAAUAUUGAAAGUAAAAAUAAGUUUUAUUCAAUAAAUCUUUUUUUUUUAUUUUGUGCAAAAUGUCACAUCCAUAAAAGCAAAUGUUUAAAUAAUAAGCCAUUCUUUCCUGCUGUAAGUAUGGAAAUUGAGAACUAUAUAUGUAACCCUGUGGUUAAAUUAUAGGCCUUAGAUAUAUUACUGCACUACUAGAUAAGAUUUUGGCCUGUUUGUUAUUUUGUUUACCUUUUGAAUAUGAAUAUAUUAUAUUGUUGAUAUUGUUCUGCAAAACAGUUGUUUACCAAUGUGAAAUGCAUUUACUUUUAUUAUUGAAAACUUACCAUUGUUGUGAUUGGUUGGCUGUGGAGAGAAUAACUUACCUUGAAUGUGAUUGGUUGGCUGUGGAGAGAAUAACUUACCUUGAAUGUGAUUGGUUGGCUGUGGAGAGAAUAACUUACCUUGAAUGUGAUUGGUUGAGAGAGCAGCGGGGAACGUCAGCACGAGCAGACUGAACGGGGAGAGAAAGGAGGUCUCUCGUCCCUUGUGUGAGCCAAACGGAGCAGUGUGAUGUCGAGUUGUUUUAUGCUAUUUUGCGGGGAGAGAAAUGUCAUUGAAGUUUAGUGAACAGUGACGUGUGCGGGUGUCUGACCGAGACCCAUCCCGGGAACUGUUUGUGUGGACUGGGGAGACAAACGGACUACUCGUCAGUCCCAUAUGUGGACCCAGCGACGUUACGGAGCGAGCUAGCCAGUCGGUGUUCGUUGCUAGCACAACAAGACGGGCGAAUGGACGGGAUGCGGUGAGGGGCUCUCCCCACAGUGAGUCGGGCCGUCUUCUAGUUUAGCGAAGUACCGUUAUCAGUUACAGUGUAGUGGUGGGUUCAUGCGACCAUCGAGGAACGCAGGAGGAGUCGUCUGUUGCCGUGUUGUGCUGCCGAGGCGAGCGCACGGUUCUACCGUGAGAUGGUGCUAACGGCUAACUAGCCAGUUAGCUAGGAUGGCUGCCGGCCUGACGUUCGCUGCUGCGCUGCGGCGGGAAGCGCGAGACGAAGAGGAGCAUUCUUUGUGAGUACAAGUUGGAUGUGCGGGCUCCCAAGGGGAGCGAAGAGGGCUGGUUAGGGUCCCAACGUACCCGAUAAAGAAACAGGCCUGCAACUGGCGGUUGACUUUCUUUUAUUUUUAUUGCCGGCUUAUUUAUAGGGUUGUUGAGCUGUAUGCUAAUGUGUUGGUCUGAUUCAUUUGUGUGUAUAUGAAUGCAGACGCUUGUUAGCCAUUGAGGCUUAUUAGUUUAAUUCAUUCUAAUAAUUAUUACUCAUAGUACAUUUGUAUAUAUAAUUCUAUGUACCUGUGUGAGUGUGGAUUAUUCAUGUGUGUUUAUUCCUGUGGUGUCUAGACUAUGGAAGUAACCUAGUGACACCCAGAGAUGUGUAGACCAUAGUAUAUAACCUUAAAGGGCUAAUACACCAUAUUUUAGAACCUUAAAGGGCUAGUCCGCCGUUUUAAUAUAAGUUACUCGGUGACACAUUGAGGUGUCUAGACCAGUUUUUCUCAACCGGGGGUCCGCGGACCCCUAGUGGUCCGUGGUGUAAUUGCAAGGGGUCCGUGAAAAUAAAAUAUCUUUAAAAAAAGAUCCUAUGACAUUUAUGGAAAUAGGAUUAUUUUACUCACAUGUGACUGAGACCUUUAUCUACCUAAACUAUAAAGGGUAACAUGACUUUUUUUCUCUUAUUACAUCUGUUUCACAAGUGUAAUUUAUUGUAUUUUAAUAAGAGAUCUCGCUCCCGUUUGCAUUGUUAAAAGUUACUGCAUAAAAAUUCUGUUGUUACAUAUAUCUGAAAGUUACUGAAUACAUAUUCUGUUUUGCUACAUAUAUCUGAAAGUUACUGAAUACAUAUUCUGUUUUGUUACAUAUAUCUGAAAGUUACUGAAUACAUAUUCUGUUUUGUUACAUAUAUCUGAAAGUUACUGAAUACAUAUUCUGUUCUGUUAACUAUAUCUAAGUUACAACUGAAAGCUCUUAUUUUUGCCCCAAAGAGUGAAUACAUGCUAUAAUGCAAUUUAAAAUGCAGUUUCUACUGUUUCUGUUUGAGAAAUAGAAAACCUACACCAGUGUUUACUUAUCACAGACUAGGACAGCCUAGUGUGUCUGGUAGAUAAGCAAAUCAGACAAGUCAGUAUAAAUAAAUAAAUAAAAAAAAUAAAAUAUAUAUAUAUAACUUUUGACAUGUUACAAUUGUUAUAGCUAUUGUGAUUUUAGUUGUCCUGUGAUCACCAGACAUAGAGUUACUGUAGCAUUAGUGUUUUAGAACACACCAGUUACCACCAGGGAUAUUACUGUUACAAAGUUAUUUGCUUUUAGUCGGAUACUAUAGCUCCCCGGCCUCAAGACGGAAGAAGCAGUGGAUUCAAGUGCACAUUAUUUUCUGCAAACAUAUACCAUUAAUAGGAGAUGUGUGUUAUAUGUUAUGACUGAUUACAGUACAGUAUCCAGAUUGACUCCUGCUUAGUAAUAACCUAUCUUUUCAAUUAAAAGUUAUGCAAUGUGGACUGGUAGAUUUGUUAUGUCGAGACGCCAUUAUCUUUUUGAGGGGAGAGUGUGGGGUACUUCGGAUUUAGUAGCCCCCCAUUUAUUUUUUAUUUUAUAUACUUCUAUUUUAUAUACUUACCUUCUAUUCUAUAUACUUACCUUCUAUUUCAUACACUUACCUUCAUUGACCACUCACUACUAGUAAAGAGGAGAAUUGUCUGCUGUGUUGUUGUGAUAGCCGGUUCUCGCCACAGGAGGGCACUGCAGGUUAAUUGCUUCUAGCCUGUGUGACGUAGUGCUGGCUCUCGCAGUGCACUCUGGGGCAUUCGGGUAGAAUCGUCAGAUGAGUGUUGCCUUUCGUAUAGUGAGUCAUGCUCUGAAAACGUGUCCUCUGUAAUGUCUAUUUGACAGAUGGAGUAAAACAACAAAAACAUCA